GAAAGCCAUCAAGGCGAUGUAGAGCUAGGAGUGGGUGAGGUCACACCAUUCAUUAUGUUGUGGCCUGCGAGAGAGGCGAUAACUGACAGGGCAUCCCCUCAUAGCUUGCCUUUGCUCAUCCACGUUUGAAGCGAUCGGCCGAGACCAAUUGUGACUGCGCAUCAACAAUGCCAGAAGCAAGUGACUGCAGCUGCAGUUUUCUCGUUGCGUAUAUGCGCCAGCGCAAGGCCACACUCGCCCUAGUCCCCUGCACUCGCACACUUCCUUCACCCCAGCGCGAUACAAAGGUGAGCGCCCCGUCUGCGGCAAGUGCUUCUUCCGCAUCCACCUGCAUGGUGGGCAGCUGGCUCGCUUUCCAGGUCCUUAACAUGGCCGAAGACUGCCGCGCCGUGAAACCUCAUCAGCUUGGCGCCGGGGUCAAGUUGGCCCAGCUGCCCGACGCUGCUGCCGGCUUCUGCCAGGUCGGCGGGGUAGAGGAGUAGGUCGUUGAGCGCAUCGUCGCACGUGCCUAAAGAUUUUGGACAGAGUAAGCAACCUGGGUCGCGGAAUAGAAGCAGAUGCAUCUGAUGGACGCCCGUGACGACUGGGCCCCAGUGAUUGCACGCGAGCAAUGGUGAUCAGCGUCCGAA